CGGGAGCGGGCUGGGCAACGGGAGCGAGGGCGCGGAACGGGAGCGGAACGGGAACGGAACGGGAACGGAACACCGCACAGCUCGUCCGGCCGCCGCCGGCCCCCGCCGCCGCCCCACCAUGAUCAAAGCCAUCCUCAUCUUCAACAACCACGGCAAGCCGCGGCUCUCCAAGUUCUACCAGCGCUAUAGUGAAGACACACAGCAACAAAUUAUCAGAGAAACUUUCCAUUUAGUAUCAAAACGUGAUGAAAAUGUCUGUAAUUUCCUAGAAGGAGGACUAUUAAUAGGUGGAUCUGAUAACAAACUAAUUUACCGACACUAUGCCACCUUGUAUUUUGUCUUCUGUGUGGAUUCCUCAGAAAGUGAGCUUGGUAUUUUAGACCUCAUACAAGUAUUUGUGGAAACACUAGACAAAUGUUUUGAAAAUGUCUGUGAACUGGAUUUAAUCUUCCAUGUAGACAAGGUCCAUAAUAUAUUGGCUGAAAUGGUUAUGGGUGGAAUGGUUUUGGAGACCAAUAUGAAUGAAAUUGUCACUCAGAUUGAUGCUCAAAAUAAACUGGAGAAAUCUGAGGCUGGUUUAGCAGGAGCUCCAGCCCGGGCUGUUUCAGCUGUAAAGAAUAUGAAUCUGCCAGAGAUCCCAAGAAAUAUUAAUAUUGGUGACAUCAGUAUAAAAGUACCAAACCUGCCCACUUUUAAAUAACAUGGCUACUCCAGGUAAUACCAAGGAAGAAAUGUAAUAAAGAUUUACUGCAUAAUUGUUUACUAAAUAAACAUGUCUUACUUUUACUGUUUGGAUAAAACUCAAGGUACUGCAUAGACACAACCUGAAAAAUCAGUGUGUGGAGUUGAAUAUUGCUUUUGUCUUGUUUGUGAAAUUAAAGGAAAGGGGUAGUUCCCAUGUGAUUUCUAAAUUACAUUCCUGUGCCCUUGCAAGGCAUAUCACUGUGUCUCAGCUGCUGCAGUAUUUUGGGGAAGUAUUUAAUAUGUUCUUUACUUUGUAUAACCUAUAAUGCUGAGGUUUUUUGUAUAUUCACCAAAGUCUAUAAUUAGUGUGUUCUUUAACUACUUCUGUUUGUCAUGAUUAUUUAAGACUUAAGUGCAAAUGUUGCAUGAAAACAUUUAACUCAUGUUUUGUUAAAUAAAAUCAUAACAAACUGGACUUCGAAAUACCUGUUUUUUGAAGUCUACUGUUUGCAAUAAACCACAUUAUUUCCUA